AUGCUGGACACAGUGCUACUCGCUCUGGCUUUGUGUGUUUGCCUUGUGCGAUCCUCCACCGUGCAUUACACUGCACGGGUCGCAAACCACUUUCUUCAGCCGGACGGUUUCAAUCGAAGUGGAGUCUUGGUCAAUGGCCAGUUUCCUGCCCCCUUAAUAUCUGCUACGAAAGGAGAUCAACUAUCCGUCAACGUGCUGAACUCUCUGACGAACUCCACCAUGGAACUGGGGACCUCGGUGCACUGGCACGGGAUACUCCAGCACCGUACAGCAUACGCAGACGGUGUGGCAUUCGUCACGCAAUGCCCCAUUCGUCCCCAGAAGUCCUUCAUGUACAACUUCGGGCUGACGAACCAAGCAGGGACAUUCUGGUAUCACUCUCAUAUAUCUUUGCAAUACUGCGAUGGCCUUCGAGGACCUCUUGUAAUCUACGACCCCGACGAUCCACACCGCACUCUCUAUGACGUAGACGAUGAGAGCACAAUCAUAACCAUCGGCGAUUGGUAUCACCUAACGGCCGCUUUAACUAAACUCAACAGGCCUCCGGACACGACGGUGAUAAAUGGUCUCGGGCGGUAUGCCGGUGGGCCUCUGGUGCCUCUUUCAAUCGUCAAUGUCCAGCACGGUACUCGCUAUCGUUUCCGCGUAUUGAACAUCGCGUGCUUCCCGUUUUACACGUUUUCCAUCGACGGGCACAAGCUCACCGUCAUUGGAGCGGACGGGACCUCGGUUCGGCCGGUGACGGUUGAUUCUAUCGAUAUCCAUGCGGGGCAGCGUUACUCUGUUGUGGUUCACGCCGAUCAGCCCGUCUCGAAUUACUGGAUAAGAGCAAAUCCGAACCUCGGCACUCUUGGAUUCGAGAAUGGAACGAACUCGGCAAUACUCAGAUACCACGGGGCGCGACCGGUCGAUCCGGAUACCACCGCAACCACGACCAAUUUACUGAAAGAGCAGGAUCUGCGACCUCUAGUCCCCUCAUCGAUUGGGGACAAGGUCGAUGUCGCUCUAAACCUCGAUAUUGAAGAGGCUGGAGAGUUUGGUAAUUUCACCGUGAAUGGCGUACAAUACAAUCCACCUCCUUUGCCCGUUCUCCUUCAAAUCCUCAGCGGCAAGUUCUCCGCGAGCGACCUGCUUCCUGAGGGCAGCGUCUACGUUUUGCCUCGGAACAAGCUGGUCGAGAUAUCUAUGCCAGGGCAGGGACAAUUUCCUCAGCAUCCCGUACAUUUGCAUGGGCACUCUUUCGAAGUAAUUCGUAGCGCCGGGUCGUCCGAGGUCCAUUUGAUUGACCCUCCCGCUCGGGAUGUGGUCAGUUUGGGAGCAGCUUCAGACAAUGUAACGAUCAGAUUCAGAACCGAUAAUCCAGGACCGUGGCUACUUCAUUGCAGCCACAUCGACUUCCAUCUUCAAGCAGGGCUUGCGAUCGUUCUCGCCGAAGCCCCCGAGGAUCAAGUUACCGGUCCGGAAUCUCAAAUCAUCCCUCCGUCUUGGAAGCAGCUGUGCGAGGAGACAUGA